AGGGGAUGAUAUGAGGUCAUAGGAUAAUAUAUAUAAUCACUGAUCACAGAAGGAGCAAGUUGAAGGUUCUGGACAACAGAAGCCAAGAAGGAAGACUUCUACCUCUGCUAAUCAUGUAUAAGCUGGUCUUCUGCUGUGUGCUUUUCAUAGGAUUCUUAAAUCCUCUCUUAUCUCAUCCUGUCCCUGACUCCAGGGAAGGGUCCCUGCAGCUCUUAGGUAAGUUACUGCUCUCACUGCCCUGUGUAGCAGCUGCCGCAGACGCAAGAUCCGCUCUGGACGAGCUGGAAAGACUGGCCCUGCUGCAGAUGCUGCUGGAGACGUCAGGGGCAGAGACAGGUGAUGGCCUUCAGAAAGCAGAUCUCAGUAUCAACAUUGUUAACCCAAGAGGAAGUAUGGAAAAGUUUCGGGCUUUCUCUGGACAAGAUCCUAACAUCUUACGGAGUCAUCUUUUGGCCAGAAUCAGGAAACAAUAUAAGAAACGUGGGUCUCCUCCUGAAUGCUUCUGGAAAUACUGCGUCUGAAGUAAAAUCAAUAUCUGCUAGUCAACUCAAAAGCAACCAUGCUAGAAAAUUACAAAUAAAAACGCUUGAUUUGAAAACAGUGUAGAAGAAAAACUAGGCAGACUAUACUUUGUUCAUUAUUGUUUGGAAAAUAAA